UUGGCACAGGAACCUCUGGCUGCAGGACAAUGCAGCUGCAGCUCCUGCAGUGAUCUCCUCAAGCUGGAACAUGCCAAUGCCCACAGCCCCUGUGAGUACAUUCUCUGAUGGUCUCUUGUGCAGAGCAGCCAGGGGUGCCCAGGGCUGUCCUGCAGAGCAGGGUCCUGCAGCCCAGGGCGCUGUGCUGGGCCAGGGACUCUGCUGCCUGCCAGGGACAGCUCUCAGCCGGCCCGGGGAGCUGCUGCCAGCGCUGGCCAGAAGCUGUGGGGGGAAGGAGCCACCCUGAGCAGGGCAGGUGCUGCUGCUGAGAGCUGCUGGCUGGGGCAGGGCUGCUCCCAGCUCCAGACCAGCCUGGGCACAGCUCCGGAGGACACUUCCCAAAGAAGGAAAGCCUGGGAUUGCUGUAAAGAUCAGGAGCUUUCCUGAGAAUGUUUUCAAUUUCCUGCUUGGAGCAGGAUGGGAAAGUUGGGGUGGUGACAAAAAGAUUUUUGCUUUUGACAUAUUUUUAUAUAUUUAUAGCUCUAUAGAUUACUAUUAUAUAGUUAUAAAACUAUAAUCCUUACUUUACGCUAUUAAACUCUUAAUUAACUCUAUUAAACUACUAUUAUAUACUUCUAUUACUAUAUUCCUUAAUUAACUCUAGUGCAUUUCCUAACCUUUCUCUUAGUAUUUAGAACACUAACCUGUCUAAGUACAUUCCUGAAAUACCACAUAAUCUUAUUAUCAGGAAGAGGACCUACAAGAAGAACAUCUGGGGUUUUGACCAGAAUGUGAGCAGUCAUAAAAAAAAGUGGGGCAAAGAAGUCCUUGGACCUUCUUAAAUGGGAGCCGAUUGUGCCUCAUCCCCACUGGGACACCUGGAAGCUUCCAAUAAAGGUCUGGUUUUUACUUUACUGUUCUAACUCUGUUGCAAGGGUUUGUUUGUUUGUUUUUUUUUUCUCAUUUAGUCAUAGACUACAGGGGAGUAAGAGAAGCAGAACAGGAAUUGUAAUGCCAGAAUGACAGAACAUUCUGAGUUGAAAGGGACACACAGGAUAAUCAAAGGAAUGUUUGAACAUUUACAGAGACUCCAGAACUGUGACUUUGGGUGGUCAGUCUCUCUGCUGGCAGCCUCCCAAAGGGUCUUCAGCCACUGCUCAGCCCUGGACAGCAGCAGCAUCACCUUGGCAGGGCCCAGCAGGGCUCUCCUGAGCUGCCCUUGCCCAGCUGCACACAGACCCUGCCCCAGCCAGGGCCCUGCACACAGGUGCCCAUGUGCAGCCACAGCAAAUGUCCAACAGCAGCUCCAUCAGCCACUUCCUCCUGCUGGCACUGGCAGAGACGCGGCAGCUGCAGCUCCUGCACUUCUGCCUCUUGCUGGGCAUCUCCCUGGCUGCCCUCCUGGGCAACGGCCUCAUCAUCAGCGCCGUAGCCUGCGGCCACCACCUGCACACGCCCAUGUUCUUCUUCCUGCUCAACCUGGCCCUCAGCGACCUGGGCUCCAUCUGCACCACUGUCCCCAAAGCCAUGCACAAUUCCCUCUGGGACACCAGCACCAUCUCCUACAAAGGAUGUGCUGUUCAAGUUUUUCUGAUUAUCUUCUUCCUUAGAACAGAGUUUUCCCUCCUGACCAUCAUGUGCUACGACCGCUACGUGUCCAUCUGCAAACCCCUGCACUACGGGACCCUCCUGGGCAGCAGAGCUUGUGCCCACAUGGCAGCAGCUGCCGGGGCCAGUGCCUUUCUCACUGUUCUCAUGCACACGGCCAAUACAUUUUCCCUGCCCCUGUGCCAUGGCAAUGCCCUCAGCCAGUUCUUCUGUGAAAUCCCACAGAUCCUCAAGCUCUCCUGUUCCAAAUCCUAUCUCAGGAAAUUUGGCCUCAUUGCCAUUAGUGCCUGUUUAUCAUCUGUUUGUUUUGUGUUCAUUGUUUUCUCCUAUGUGCAGAUCUUCAGGGCUGUGCUGAGGAUCCCCUCUGAGCAGGGACGGCACAAAGCUUUUUCCACCUGCCUCCCUCACCUGGCCGUGGUCUCUCUGUUUGUCAGCACUGCAUUGUUCAGCUACCUGAAGCCCCCCUCCAUGUCCUCCCCAUCCCUGGAUCUGUCCCUGUCAGUUUUGUACUCGGUGGUGCCUCCAGCUCUGAACCCCCUCAUCUACAGCCUGAGGAACCAGGAGCUCAAGGCUGCAGUGUGGAGACUGAUGACUGGAUGGUUUCGGGAACAUUAAACUGCUGGCCAG